AUGACCAUGCAAAUAAAAUAUGCCGUCAAUGAAAUAGCUGCACUUACAUCUUAUUAUUCUCUUUUCGAUUCUAUUCUACACUACGGACUUUUAGUUUUUAGCUCUGCAGCUAAUAUAAAUAUUGCAAAAGUGUGUAAAGUACAGAAAUCUGCAAUAAGGUGCAUUGCUAAUUUAAAGCAACAUGACUCGUGUAGGCCUUACUUUAGAUCAUUGAAUAUAAUAACUUUGUAUGGCCUGAUUAUCUAUAAAAAAUUAAUACAUGUAAGAAAAAAUAUUUCAGAUUUUCAUUCAUACAACACAAGACAUUGCAAUAAUCUUCUUCCAACAGAUUGGCUAGAUGCUGGAACCAACAAUAAAGAAAUCAAAUUGUACAAUGCGCUGCCAGAUGAGUUUUGAGGAAUAUUAUGCUUAUGCUUUGGCAAGCGACAGGCACGCCUUCUU